AGCGUGGCCCGGGCGGGCGGGGCGCUGAAGGUGAGUGUGCGCUUUUGAGCGGCGGCGGCCUGAGCUCGCGCGUCCGCAGUGAUGAGCUACGACCGCGCCAUCACCGUCUUCUCGCCCGACGGUCACCUCUUCCAAGUGGAGUACGCGCAGGAGGCGGUCAAGAAGGGCUCCACCGCGGUUGGUGUUCGAGGAAGGGACAUUGUUGUUCUUGGUGUGGAAAAGAAGUCGGUGGCCAAGCUACAAGAUGAAAGAACAGUCCGGAAAAUCUGUGCUCUGGACGAUAAUGUCUGCAUGGCCUUUGCAGGUCUCACUGCUGAUGCAAGGAUAGUCAUCAACAGAGCCAGGGUAGAGUGCCAGAGCCACCGGCUGACCGUGGAGGACCCAGUGACUGUGGAGUACAUCACCCGCUACAUUGCUAGUCUGAAGCAGCGUUACACACAGAGCAAUGGGCGCAGGCCAUUUGGUAUCUCUGCCCUAAUUGUGGGUUUCGACUUUGAUGGCACCCCCAGACUCUACCAGACUGACCCCUCAGGCACAUACCAUGCUUGGAAGGCCAAUGCCAUAGGCCGGGGUGCCAAGUCGGUGCGUGAAUUUCUGGAGAAGAACUACACAGAUGAUGCCAUCGAAACAGACGAUCUGACCAUCAAACUGGUGAUCAAGGCGCUGCUGGAAGUGGUCCAGUCAGGUGGCAAAAACAUUGAACUUGCUGUCAUGAGGCGGGAUCAGCCCCUCAAGAUUCUAAGUCCUGAAGAAAUUGAGAAGUAUGUUGCUGAAAUCGAGAAGGAGAAAGAAGAAAAUGAAAAGAAGAAGCAGAAGAAAGCAGCAUCUUGAGGGCAGCGGUCAGAGCAGCUUUGAGCCUCCAUCCGGGCAAACGGGUGCUGUGGGCCUUGUGGCCAUUUGUCCGAGUCCAAUAAACUACUACGUUUUUUAACUCUGUGAUGAGAACCUGUCAUUUGGGUGCAGUUGUGGUUAAGAUGGGAUCACUUCAACCCACUCUCAGGGCCCAUGGCGAAGGCAGGCCCUGGGUUCUAAAUACAUUUCCUUUCAGACGUUUGAGAAAGUCUUUACAGGUACAAAUGAAAUAACGAAAGCCUUCAGGGCUGGGGCUUUGUUCUAGCACUAGUUUGAGUCCUUGCACUGUGGUGUAAGUAACUCAGGCCUAGCCUGUGAGGCCUGGAGAUAGCACAGCUAACACUUAGUGGUGCUUUUCCAAAGACUUACGUCAGAUGACUUACAACUGUCUCCAGUUCACAACAUCAAGUUUCCUACAUUAACCAUGAAGCUACCUUUUUCCUUGGCCAGAAAUGCACUUCCUCUUGGCGUCUAGACCAGUUUAUCUUUCUACCAUCUACUUUAGCUUAUGACUUCCCCUACCCUGCCCCUGAGUUUUUUAACCAGUUUUUAUAAUUUAAAAAAAAAAAAAAAAAAAAGAGGACUUGGAUCAGACUUAUGCCUAGCACACAUCUGUGUGACUUAAUGCUGUUAUCUUUGCAGAAAGAAACCCUGUUCAGUUUACUGGUUUAGGAUGCUACUGGCAUGUAUACCACCUAACACAUACAUUCUUAUCAGUGGUCCCAAGACUGACAGGCUCCUCCACCAGCCUGAUGACCAUGUGUCUGCUCUACUAGACUGGAGUGUUCAUCCCAGCAACAUAGCCUGGCGAGAGCCACCCAACUCGACUACUUGUCUGGCCCACCACGUUGUUCCCUGUAAGCACCUGACUCCUAGCCUGCAUGUGCUCCAGGCCUGACGAGUGCCUGUUUCUGACAGGCAUGACACAGUGAGGGAGGCAGCCCUUGAAGAGUUGAAUGUUUAUUUAGUUUGCAUUACCCCAACAGUAGCCCCAAUGCUAUGUUCUACUCUCAGCUAUGAAGUCCUACAAAAAUAAAGCCAGGCUUUUACGACGUGACUUCAUCAAUACAGAACUAAAGCUUUGUUGCUAUUUUGAAGGGGUUUUGGUUAUCAAGGUGCUUAUUUUCAACAAAAUGCCCUGUCAGUCAGAGGAUGCAUGCUUAUACAGAAAACCUGACACUCUCAUGCAACAAAUUUAUGUCCCCACCCUCCCUCCACCACCUUUAAAAUAAACACGUAACUAUUUACAAUUGAGGAAAAAGGCCAGUGACCUUGAAAAGGGAAAAAAAAAAAAAAAAAAAA